AUGCUUCAAAGCGCAGCCAAGUACCUGUAUUUCGCCAACAAGCCAGAUGAAGCAACCAAGAUGAACAAUUGCUACAGAACAAUCCAGGCUGAGAUAAAGAGAGACAAAGAAGUCAACGAAGCUGUCAUCUUCAAUCUUCCUCAACUCUUUGGAAUCAAUUCAAUCAAUGAUAUCCCGCAGCCCGCAGCCUCAAGUCAACGCCAUUACCUCAAUGCUGAGGUGACAGCUCUAUACAUUGGUAAUGAGAAUGAUCCAGACAAUGGAUCAUGGUGGGAUGCAAUGGUUGUCGGAUACAACCACACUACAAUGACCUACAGUAUCAAAUACAAUGUAAAGUCCGACUCUGACAUCAGCAGCUCUUCCACCAACUCCACCAGCUCAUCAUCCAGUUCUUCCACCAGCUCCUCAUCUAGUUCUUCCACCAGCUCCUCAUCCAGUCCAUCCACCAGCUCAACGUCCAACUCUUCCACCAGCUCAACAUCCAACUCUUCCACCAGCUCAUCAUCCAACUCUUCCACCAGUUCAUCCAACUCUACUUCAAAGUCAUCCAAGACAAGAUCAACAAAGUCCAAACCCUCUAGCAACAACAAUAAUAACAACAGCAACAACAAUAAUAAUAACAACAACAACAGCAAUAACAACAACAACAACAACAAUGGAAAGCAGAGGAAGGAUCCCAACAAACAUGUUUUCCAUAAUAUACCAGAGAACUAUUUGACAAUUCAAUUGAAUUGCACCUGUUGUAUUGAUGCACUCAUUAGGAUGUUUAUCUUUAUAUUACCUAAGAUCAACCUUAGGUGCGAUCUAUCGGAGCAUUGGGUGUCCAUAACAUAUGAAAUAUACUGUAAGUUCAUUCACUAUGGCACUCGAGGGCAAUGA